UUGCAGCGAUUUCCCCCAUCAGAUGUAUUGAGUCAUUUGAGAGGAUAUCGUCACAAAUGUCAUUUCUGUGGACGACUUUUUGCUGACAAUACGAGAUUGACCCACCACGUCCGUACCCAUACUGGUGAAAGACCAUUCAAGUGUUCGUUCUGUGGGAAAAGUUUUAUUCAGAAAGGGGCACUGAAAACUCAUGAGAGGAUUCACACAGGAGAAAAACCAUUUCAAUGUCAAAUUUGUGGGAAGGAAUUUUCUGAUGGUUCAUACUUCAGAAAACACAAACUUUUUCAUUUGGCGGACGGUGAACGAUACCGCCAGUUGAUGAUGUACUCAUCAUAUUCUGCUGGUCAGUUGGGAGAUCCUCGGCCCGUUUGUGAUUUCUGCGGCCGGCACUUCAGGGAUAAAUCAAGACUAAGAGAGCACAUCAGGGUCCACACCGGUGAAAAGCCAUUUGGGUGCAAAGUCUGCGGUAAAGCUUUUCGUCUGAAAGAGCAGCUAAAAGCGCAUGAAAGGAUUCACACAGGAGAGAAACCAUACGCUUGUCACAUUUGUGGGAAAGCAUUUGCUGAUCUAUCUUCCUGUCGGAAGCAUAAACUUGGUCAUCAGAUGCAAUGAGUACAUUCAAGCCUAAACGGGUUUCUUUCCCUACCUCCCAAGAAUUCUGGACAUGAUGGGCUGUCCGCAUCUCGCUAGGCAGUGCUGGCUGUCACUAUAUUCAACUUUUGUCUUACUGGAGAAUUUAGUUCUAUUUUGGUCUGACAGUGGCCUUUUGGUGAUUUGGUGAUCAAGUUUUGAACUGAAUCAAAUUCUGCGAUUAUAAAUAUUUGCAUGGCUUUUACUGCAUAUUUUGCAUUUACAGGUGAUUGUGGAAAUAUAUGACAACAAAACAGAAAAAAAUCUUAUUGAAAAUAUUGUUACACGGUUGUCCAAACACUAAAUUGAAAGUACGGAAAAGUUCUAAUUUCUCAAAACUGCAAAAUAAAAUGACCAAUACUUCUUGGUUUACAGUGUAUUGGUUGAUUCAAUAAACAAUUUCACGUCACUUCACUUUGUAAUCUGACCGGUAUUUCCCUUAUAAAUCCAUUAUCCACCCUCCUCAAGUCAAUAAGGGAGUGAUCAGACCCCUAACCAGGAGAGCCUUCAACAUCUGUGCACCCAAACAUCUGGAAUCAGAAUGGCACUACACUCAACAGUCUUUCACAACCAACAAUGGAUACCCUACAGAUGUUGUCGAGAAAACCAUCAGAUGCACCAUCGAUAACCAUAUGAGACAGGACAGGCCGUAGAAAUCACCUGCAUAUAGAUCAUCACCCACUCCCUUAUAUAGUGCUUCACACAAAAUCUAAAGACUAACAUGCAGUUAGAAGAAGACUAUAAGAGAAAACUAACUUAGGCUUUUCAGAUCAAGAGACACCAGCCAUCUCUGAACAGACGAGGGCCUUUUCAUACCAACAGCUUACAAUUAUAUAAUAAACUGUUAGGGCCAAAUUCAUAAAGGGCGUUUAGCUUAAAACAGCGAUUAACUACUGAAUAGACAGAUUCAGGUCCUUCAUGUAAAUCUUCGCAGAAUAUGAAUAGGCCUCGAAACUGAUUAGAGAGAAGUUACACGCGUCUAACCCUUAAACGCCCUUUACGAAUUUGGCCCUUAGUGUAUUUAGUAGUUCUCUGUGUGUCAGUUGCUAAUCCCUUCUAUGUGUGACAUAACACACUUUACAUGUUCUUGAGACUAUGGAUCAUUCAGACACUUGACAAGGCACAGUGAAGACUGUUGGAAACAUCUUGUACAAGGACUAUUAGAAAGUGAUCCAAACCCUUCUAAAAAUGACAUUCAAGGAUAGUGUUGACAGAAAAUAAUUAAUAUCUAAGAGUAUUUGCAUAUGAAAAUCAUUCAACUUAUUUGACUCUUCAGCAUAUCAAAUAAACAUUUAAUAACCAAAUACAUUUUCAGAUUUCUGUGUUUGUGUAGGUGUGUGUGUCAGCUAUUAACUUUGUAACUAUGUAUUUUGUAAGACUUUAAAAUGUUUUCAUUUUCUAUUUUCAGUUUGUCU